AUGGCGGAUCUUCCGGAGGACCGCGUCAGCCCAUCUUACGCCUUCAAGGUGACUGGACUGGAUUUUUGCGGCCCGUUCUAUCACAAGUCGGAAGUUUGGAAUAGGGCACCAAUCAAGUGCUACGUCUGCAUUUUUAUCUGCUUCUCCACAAAGGCUGUGCACCUCGAGCUGGUCCAGGAUCUCUCCACUUCGGCGUUUCUUAGCGCAUUGAGGCGCUUUAUACUUAUUCGUGGCAAGCCUGCCCGCAUAUGGUCGGACAAUGCGACUAAUUUUGUUGGCGCUAAGAACGAGUUGGCUGAUCUAAAGCGAUUGUUCCUGAAUGCCAGCCACCAAACUGCAAUAGAUGAAUUCUGCUUGACUGACAGCAUCGAAUGGCGAUUUAUUCCUCCUCGCUCUCCCCACUUUGGAGGUCUUUGGGAUGCGGCUGUGAAGUCUGCGAAGUACCACUUCUACCGAUCUGUUGGACCUGCAAUACUGCUCACUGAUGACCUGCGCACUCUCUUUUGCCACAUCGCUGCAAUCAUUAAUUCUCGUCCUUUAGUCUCACUUUCAGAACACCCUGGCGAUCUUGAUGUGUUGAGACCGGCGCACUUCUUGGGUACUGCGCCUCUUGCCUUAUUUCCUGAGCCUGACUACACUAACUUGAACGUCAAUCGGUUAGAUCGCUGGCAGAAAAUUUCGUUUUACCAGCAACUAUUCUGGUCCCGCUGGAAAAGGGAGUACCUGACGCUCCUUCAACAGCGCUCCAAGUGGCGCACACAGAAGGCGGAUGUUCAACUCGGUGAUGUCGUUCUGGUUAAGGACGAAAACCUGCCCUCUCUUGUAACGUGCAACGUUCUACAGCACAGUUUUGAUCGAGAUCUGAAUUCGCGGGUGCACGCUAUAGGGUCCGGCUCUAGCUCGUCGGCUUUGGGGGUGGAGGUCUUGCUCGUUCAGAUCUGCCUUGGUUUAUAA